ACUCUCGCUCGAAAUGCGCUCAUGGGAAACUCGGCCACAUCCCACGAAGGCGACGACGAAACAGCCGGGAACGAGACGCGACGCACUCGGAGCAGCGAGAGAACAAGGCGCACUUGAUAGGACGCGAGGCAGCUCAAAGGAGGCGGCAGCUCUAGACACGAACAUUGUAAGAUUGCAUCCUGCAUCCUGGCGACGACAGUGAGGGUCCAUCUAUAGAGGAUUGCCAUGUCGCUUCCACCAGACAUUGCCAAGGCGCUCCAAGAGAUUGAUCAAGAAUUUGAAGAUGGUGAUAUCACUCGCAAAGGCUAUGAAAAGCGGCGUACUGCGGUGUUUGAAGCGUCAGGGCUAUCUGAAUACAUGUACAGUCAAGGUCAGCUUGAUGCGGCUGCCACAAUCGGAUUUGCGCCUCCAGCUGCACGGCAUGACCCAUUCAAGCCGAUGCAGGACGGAACGAGUAUGCUGCAAGACAUUGAUUCAAUGCAGCGGACGUCGUUGAGUACGGAUGAUAGCAACGACCAGACCUAUUCACAUGAUUCUCGAGGAUAUGCUUUUCAACCUCCUUCUUCAGCCACGACGAGCGCGCCAUCUCAUCCGCCUGGUCAGACACAUACACAGUAUGGUCAGUCACCCAUACUCUCAGGCCAUUUGGUAAACGAGCCUGGCCAACUACAUGAUCAAGACCGGCCGGGGCAGCACGACACGCCGCACGACUUUUAUGAGAAGCCAGCGUUAGAGGAUGACAGGCAUAUGCGGCGACGCUCCACAGACCUCUCUGGAAUCCCAUACUCCGGCGUCACAAGCCCAGAAUGGACGCAUUCUCAGCACGCUACUCCGGCUGCGCAAGGUCCACAACUUACACCGCUAGAGCCUCGCGAUAUCCCAUUUGCGAUACAUGACCCACAUAAUCCGCAAAUUGCCAUGAGUAACUUUGACAAUACAGCGGCCGUCUUGCGACAUCGAGGCCGCUCGAAUCCAAAGAAGGCUGCGUUCAUGGUGCUCGAUGCAAAAGGCAAAGAAGUGGCGACAAUCACAUGGGACAAGCUUGCCUCAAGGGCUGAGAAAGUCGCGCAAGUGAUUCGCGACAAGUCUGGUCUCUAUCGCGGCGAUCGCGUGGCUCUCGUCUACCGCGACUGCGAAGUAAUUGAUUUUGCGAUCGCCCUCUUUGGUUGCUUUAUUGCAGGGGUUGUUGCUGUGCCGAUCAACAAGCAAGAGGAUUUCCAAGAGCUGACUACAAUCUUGGCAGCGACACAAGCACACCUUGCCUUGACGACGGAUACGAAUCUCAAGGUCUUUGCUCGGGAGCUCUCACUAAAUAAAAUGCAAUGGCCUCGGGGUGUUGAGUGGUGGAAGACGAAUGAGUUUGGCUCUUUCCAGCUAAAAAAGAAGGAAGAGGUACCACCCUUGCAAGCGCCUGAUCUAGCAUACGUCGAAUACUCAAAGUCUCCGACCGGCGAUCUUCGCGGUGUGGUCAUUUCCCACAGAACAGUCAUGCAUCAGAUGGCCUCACUCAGCGCUAUCGUAACGACAGCGCCUUCCAGCAUGCGGGACAAGUAUGUACCUGAAAGAGAUCGACAGGGAAAGCCAGUCAUGACCCGAAGUAAUGGUGAAGUACUCGUCACCUACCUCGACCCGCGUCAAGCUAUUGGCAUGAUUCUUGGCAUAUUGUUAGCAGUGUACUAUGGUAACACUACAGUAUGGUGUCCUACUGGCGCUGUCGGAACGCCAGGUCUGUUUGCACACAUCAUCACGCGAUAUCGAGCCACUUUAUUGCUGGCAGACUAUCCAGGACUCAAGACCGUCGCCUACAAUUACCAAAAUGACCCAAUGAGUACUCGAGGAAAGAAGCACCAUGUCGACUUCUCUACCAUCAAGCUAUGUCUGGUCGAUUGUUUGACGGUUGAUUCCGAGUUUCACGAAAUCUUGGCUGACCGCUGGUUGAGGCCACUCGGCAACAAACGUUCGAGAGAAGUGUUGACGCCUAUGCUUUGCCUGCCUGAGCACGGAGGUAUGGUCAUCUCGAUGAAGGACUGGCUCGAGGGUCAAGAACGGAUAGCGAAUCUUGGAGUUACCUUUGAGGAUAUUGAGGAUCAAGAUCUGACUGAGGUCUUGCUCGAUCAAGAGGCGCUCAAAUCAAAUGAGGUCGUUGUGGUUGCGGUGGGAGCUGAUGUUGCCAAGAAAGCGGGUGACUCUACAACAGUAAGAGUUGGCUCCUUCUUUUACCCACUCGUUGAUGCGACGCUGGCCGUUGUUGACCCAGAAACUUCUUUGUUGUGCUCGACAACAACCGUUGGCGAGAUUUGGAUUGAUAGUCCAAGCAUGUCUGCAUGCUACUGGCUUCUUCCUCGGCAUACAGACACCAUCUUUCAUGCUCGGCCGUACUACAUCAAGCCGGAUACGAGGGAAACCCAGGUCUUUGAGCAAGAAUUCCUGCGAACCGGUCUCUUGGGCUUCGUCAUGCAUGGGCGCGUCUUUGUGCUAGGGCUCUACGAAGAUCGUCUACGUCAAAAAGUGGAAUGGGUCGAAGAUGCACAAGAAAUCACCGAAUACAGAUAUCACUAUGUGACGCAUUUGGUCAAUACUAUCAUGCGUAAUGUCCCAAAGAUCUUUGAUUGUUCGGCGUUCGAUGUCUACAUCAAUAAGGAACAUUUGCCAGUGGUCUUGCUCGAAAGUCCAAGCGCGUCAACUGUGCCUCUCACGCCCUCUGGACCCGCCCGGAUUUUAGACAACGACUUGCUCGAAGCCUUGGCUGAGAAAGUGAUUGAGGCUCUUUUGGAAAAUCACCAGGUCCGUGUCUAUUGCGUGUUGAUUUGUGCACCAAACACACUUCCGCGUGUUUCUCGAAAUGGGCGCAAAGAAAUUGGCAAUAUGCUCUGCCGCAAGGAGUUUGAGCGUGGUUCUCUGCCAACAGUCAUGGUCAAAUUUGCGGUAGAGCGAGCAGUAUUGAACUUGCCGGUCGGGGCAGAUCCCGUCGGUGGCAUAUGGUCGAGGAUAGCAACUGAGCGGCGAGCAAUUGAGCUCCAACACGAGGGGAAACAGUAUAGUGGUGUCGAUGUUCGCACUGCAUGUCUUGACGAACGAACAUCUACCAAUCUCGCUGACUUUGGCAGCAUUGUCGAGGUUUUUCAGUGGCGAGCCUCUCGUCAGCUCGAAGAACUGGCCCUUCUCUCAAUCGAUAACCGUGGCAAAGAAGGCAAGGCCAUAUCAUGGCGCAAGCUCGACCUGAAGAUCUCAGCAACCGCAUUCUAUCUCAAGAACAAGGUGCGCCUGAAGUCUGGCACUCAAGUCAUUCUCAUGUACACUCACUCAGAAGAGUUCUUCUUGGCUAUACAUGCCUGCUUUGCGCUGGGCGUAACUGCAAUCCCUAUUGCUCCGAUUGAUCCUUCGCGACUUUCAGAAGAUGUCCCGGCGCUCUUGAGCAUCAUCUCCGAUUUCAAGAUCAAGCACAUUCUUGUUAAUUCUGAUACUAAUACGGCAUUGCAGAGCAAAUUUGUGAGUCAACACCUCAAGCAGGCUGCUUUGGCUCAGAAGAUUCUCUUGCCGCAAAUCUACAACACAGCCAAGCCUUCAAAGCAAACGAAAGGUUGUCGCGAGAACGGCUUCGUCAUGGAGCAAGCUUGGUUACGUCUUGGUUUUCCAGCCCUUGUUUGGACUUACUGGUCGCCUGAUCAGCGUCGAACAUGCGUAACACUGGACCAUGCUGCCAUCAUGGGGUGCUGCAAAGUGCAAAAAGAGACGUGUCAGAUGCCUUCUUCUCGUCCCAUGCUUGGUUGCAUACGCAGUACAUCCGGUCUUGGCUUCUUGCACAGUUUCUUGAUGGGUGUUUUUGUUGGCUGCGCCACGUACCUGAUGUCCCCGGUAGAUUUUGCUGCAAACCCAUUAUUCUUGUCGCAGGUUCUUGCACGGUACAAGAUGAAGGAUUGUUACGUCACGCCCCAGUCAAUGGAACACCUGAUGCAAGCUAUGCAGGGCAAAGGUCCAAGCUUGCACGAGCUGAAGAAUCUCAUGAUUGCUUUUGAUGGUCGCGUAGCGCCCCACGCCUUCCCUCGAAUGCGCCAGCAGCUGGGACCAAGCGGUCUCGACGCAAGUGCGCUAAAUGCGACCUAUGGCCAUGUCGUCAACCCGAUGCUAGCAACGCGCUCUUAUAUGUGCAUUGAGCCAGUUGAAGUGUGUCUCGACACGCGCGCGUUGCGCGCUGGCUACAUUCGCGUCACAACGCCACAAAAUGAUCCACAUGCAAUUGUCCUUCAUGAUUCUGGUAUGGUUCCUGUGUCAACACAGAUUGCCAUUGUCAAUCCAGAGACAUGCACCUUGUGUCGCAACGGCGAGUUUGGCGAGAUUUGGGUUGCUUCUGAAGCCAGUGCUCUUGGUUUCCACGAGUCAAGUGAUCCAUUCGACUUGGAACGCUUUAAUGGUCGCAUCGCGGACGUUGACUCGAGAAACACGUAUAUCCGUACUGGCGACCUUGGCUUCUUGUACACUGUGGCUCGCCCAGUCAGUCGUGGCCAGGGCGUUGCUGAGCUACAGACGCUGUUUGUGCUUGGCUGCGUUGGAGAGACCUUUGAAGUGAAUGGUUUGAAUCAUUUCCCGAUGGACAUUGAAGCGACUGUUGAGCGCUGUCAUCGUGCCAUUGCCCGUGGUGGGAGUGCCGUCUUUCAAGCAGGCGACCAAGUCGUUCUGCUCGUCGAGGUCUUGAGGACAACACACUUGUCUGGCGUUGUGCCCGUCAUUGUCAACGCCGUACUGGAUCAGCAUCAAAUCAUCGUCGACAAGAUUGCCUUUUGCGCGCGUGGCGACUUCCCGCGAUCGCGGCUUCGGGAAAAACAACGAGGUCGAAUUCUUGCUGCAUGGAUCAAGAAGCAGCUCAGAACGUGUAUUGUAUACAACGUGCGUGAUGGCGAGAGACACCUCGACUCUGCAGAUACAAUGACCAUGACGCAAGAACCUCUUGGCGCCAUUGGAGAGAAUAUGGAUGGUAUGGAUGAGGUUGAUGAGCCUCGAGGUAUUCGCACCAGUGGGGGCUAUGUGCGAGCCAUACCGGGGUCUAGUCAAGGACGUCCUGAGCGUGGCACAGCGAGAUUGAGCAUGUCGAGCAGCGUACAAGGAUUGCCAGCUGGAACGACUCAAGCAGAGAUGCAAGCUGCACUGGCGUUACAAACUGGGACGAGUAGUCUUGCCGAUCCAGAGGAUAUCGCCAGACGUGAAAGUCACGAACGGUCGUCCUUUAGCGAUGUACGCUCCUCAUUCGAUCGUCCUAUCCAGCAUUUGACACCCGUCAAGCGUCAACCUGUUGAUUUGGAUGCCAUUCCAGAUCACAUGGAGGAAUCUCGGUCGCCGUUGAGUUAUGAAGGGGAUUAUGGUGAUUUAUCUUGGAUGCCAGAGCAACAAGCCGAUGAUACGCUACAAGCGUAUCUCGAUGCACCUCGUGUACAACCAUCCGGUAUGUCGACACCGGCAUCUCUUGGCGACUUUGGUGUUGCGCGGUAGAAGAAGCAAUAGUCAAGGACACACUUUGUACAAUGGAUAAAAGCAUGGAGCAAGACAUAAUACUAUGUUUAGUUAAAAUGGUAGAAGG